AUGAGCAAGCAGCAAGCAGGUAGCAUUAAAAUAAAGCCUAAACGACUUUCGAUACGGCGUACAGCGCGCUCGCCAAACCGAAUGGGCUCCGAAAGAUUACGCCAUGACGCGUUUGACCAAGAUCGAGAGACCUCUCUUCCGCCAGAAGUUCGUUCAAGAUUAUGGACACUCUUUGCUCAGAUUGAAAGAGAAUUUGAGUGCCUACACGCUGAAAACAUUGCCUGUAAGUGAAUAAUGUCUUCUUCUGAUGCAUGCGCUCUGUAGUUUAUAUAAACUUAGCACUUUAACUCUCAACCUAUUGUUAUUCAUUAGCGCGCUAAUCCGAAAACCUCUUCUUCUCAUUCUACGUCCGUCUCAGUGAGGGUAUUUUUAAUGAAAACUUCCUGUUGUUUGACCCACCAGUGAACCAAGUUCUCCUCUAUUGAGUUAAAUGUUCUUGCUGUUUUGUUAAGAUUGUGAACUUUCACUUUUUAAAAUUUUGUUAUUCAAUGGAAAAUUAAGAUGCGAAAUACAUUCGUUUCAUCUUGCUAAGAGAAUUAAAAAUAUUGUUCUGUUUCACAGUGUAGCAUGCUAUAUUUUAUUCUCCUAUGUGAAACUGAAACGCGAGGAGUAUCCAAUUUUUAUUUAAGCGCAGAUACAACGGAUUCAUCUUCUUUAAGAAUCCUAUUCCUUUGCUUUUGUGAUUAACAUGUCAUUUUUUUAACUUACCUAAUGUAAAUUACUGUUACUGUUUUCAGUUGAUAAAUUUAAUACUCAUACUCUUAAAAGUGUUUGAGUUAAGUAAUUUCAAGCUGUUAAAAAAUUCUGCUAUUCUUGUAAUGGAAAUCGAAUUUAAGAAAUGGCAAAUGCAGAUUCCUUGUCACAUUUUGCACUUUUUGUAUUCAGUGGACUUAGAGAAGGUAAAGGGAAAAAGCUCUGUAAAUAUUAUGUGAAUUAAUUAUUAAUCAAUAUUUGGUAACCUAACAGGUAACCACAUUUCAAUAUUUUAAGUCAAGUGCAAAAUAGCUGAUAUAAAAUAUACUGUUCCAUGGAACAAACUUCUCAAAUUCUUUAAUUUUCCUCAAACUAGUGCACCUAAGUCUUCUAUUUAAAGUUGUUGAUUCAAAAAUACACAUGUACAGAUGAGGUUGUUAUUCAUGAAUUUUGUUUAGUGCCUAGGUGAACAUAACCACAUACAAACAUGUAAUUUGAAUCGACGUUGGCAAUAUCAUAACGAAAUACAGCUUUAGCUAAUAGUAUUGUAAUUUUAGAGGAUUCGACCAUUUUUAAUGUAGCUACCAGUAGUUAUUUUGACUUUGAAUGAAGAUUAGAAAUCAAUAUGAUUCUGUAUUUGGUGCAGGAAACCUUGAAAGGACAAAUGCAAAUCAUUUGUGUGUUUAACUGCUUGGUCACUGUCCUGUAAUGUCCAGAAAUGCAUGCAUUAGUGAAAAUGGCAAAAUUUUGUCAAAAUCUUCUAAUUGGCCAAGCUGAUUUCGUUCUGAUGAAUUUGACUAAAAUUUGUCAAAAUCAUCAAUUUUCUGCCAAGCUGAUUUUGCUUUGACAAAAUUCAACUAAAAUUUGCCAAAAUUGUAAAAUCUAUAAACAUUCACUCACUUUGACAAAUCUGCCAUUUUUGUUACUGCAUGCAUUUUUGGACAUAAGUGAUGGCCUCCCAUUAUGAUCAAAUUGAUACAGGCUGGCUAAAGUCUUGUAAAAUGAGUUUGAAUUGAAACAGGGGUCUAUUUGUUGCGUUGCUUACAACAAUAACACAGAUACAAUUCUGUGCUGAUAAUGAGAGAGCACAUUUAUCAUAUUUAAUAUUGUUUGAACCCACCUGCUUACUUUUGAAAUUGAUUUACCUUGCAUCUUGAUUUACCUCCUCCUUUUAAAAUGAAAAUCUAUUAUAAGUGAAAAUGAUCCAUGGUUGUUGCUAAACACAGACUGCCAGCAAACUUUUGGUUGCAAUUGCUUGGCAAAGUACAGCAGGCUCUUCUGAGGAUACGGUAUGCACUUACAACAUUUGUUUUAGAUCAAAUGUUAUCUCGGAGAGGCAUCAAAUGAAAUUUCAGCCUGCAGCCUAAUUUCUCAGAUACAACCCUUAUGAUCCAGUAAAUAUUUUUGUUCAGAUUUAAAACAUUGAAAGAAGACUUUUGGAAAUUACAGAAAAAGUAGAGGUCACAUUAUCACAAGGAAUCAUCUUAACAUUAAUAUUUCAACUUUAAGUGUAACAGGGUCUGCAAACAUCUCUGGAGCAGAUAAGAGCUUGUAAUUUUAUCACAUACACAAAACCAGGUGUUCCUUUGUAGACAUCUAUGGAAUAUUUGGGUAAAAUAGAAAAAUACAUAUGUAAUAUGUGCUUUUAUAGACCAGCUGUCUUGACUAACCCUAAAGGCCAUAUGCUGCUUGUGCUAUAUAUUAAUAUCAAAUAAACAUAAUUGCACUUGAAUUAAAGAUGAAGUUAUGCAUUUGUAUUGUUUUGAGUUAUUUCUUGAAGCAGCUUCCAAUGGAAAAGUUCUUUUCUAAGAUUUAUAUAAAGCAUAGUGUUUGCGUUUUACCAUUACAGUGCAAGAGAGAGUUGAAGCUUUGAAUGAGAAGUUGGAUCUUGUGCUCAAUGGAGGAGAGAAGAUACCAGAUGGAGAAGCCUCAACUGAUGGUGGUCCAGCUAAACCUGGAUAUGGAAAAAAACCAUGUAUGUCUCCAUUAGAACUGAAAUUUUUAAUAGAUCAUUAUAUCACAGUAACCCUUUACACCUCAAUUUCAGUAUGUUCUUUCUCCAUACUGUUCUGUAUACAUUUCCUAUGCUAUUGACAAGGAGAAUUUGUUUAACUACUAAGACUAAUUUCUCUUGUUUUCUUCAUUCUCAUAACCUCAACCCUUUCUCUUCCAUGAGUGACAAAGACAGAAUUUCUCCUCACUUUAUUAAUACAUCAUCAAGCAGACAUGUGAAGAGAAUAAAGGAAAAAAUAAAUUAGGGGAUUAUUAUUAGUUGAUCCAAUACCAAAUUCGUAAAGUACAUGUGUAGCAUCACAAGAAUAGGCUAUGUCCAAAUUACUUUUGGCCUCUAUUUCAAAUCAAGGCCUUGUGCUCAACCAUUGGUAUGGAAAUGAGUUUAAUCUGUACCUGAUUGAAAACUUAUAAUCAUAUGAAAGGAUAAGCACUAGGACUAGCUUUGGAAAAGAUACCAAAGGCAAUUUGGAAAUGGGCUAGCAUAUGGCAGACAGUGAGGAGAAUUUCUUGGGAAUGAAAGAGUUCAUUUGUGACCAGUAGUGAUAUUGCUGGAUGAAAUUAGAUGUUAGUUACUCAGAGGGAUUUAAGGGUUAUCAGGGCUCCAAACUCAUCAAAUGCCUAUUAUUUGAAUUACAGCUGCAAGUCAGUUGAUGUCGCAGAAGCUGAAAACUACCUAUAAAGCUUCCACCAGUAAGGUACAUGUAACAUUCAAACAGACAUUUCCACAUGGUAGUUAUCUUUUUUAAAACAAUCAUAAUUGUUUUAGCAAGCAAAUACUGCAUAAUUUGUUUGGCUAAAUGCCAAAAAAGGAGAGGUCUUUUUUUUUUUACGGUAAGUAUAUUGUUGUUGUUUUUUUUGUUUCUUUGUUCUUCUGUUCCUCUGUUUGAUCCGCAAAUGCUUGAUACUGCAGAUUGUCUCGAGUUUCAAGACUCCAAAUCAAGGGCCUAGCAUUGAAUGCCAUAGGGCACGGAGCUAUGCUGGACAUAGAGACGGAGUGUGGGAAGUGUCCUGUGCUAGACACUCAUUCACCAUGAUAGGAACAGCAUCAGCUGGUUAGUGAACCUGUUAACCCUUCAACUCUAAUGCCCUGUACCUGAAUGUAUACUUGUGUGUGUUUAUCUCAAUGCCUUUGUGCUCAAUAUCUCCAACUUUUUAGCAUCUCUUAGUACAGACUCAUGCAAGUGUGUGACUGCUAAAAUUAUUUUACCCAGCAUAUCCUAGAUCUAGGCUGUGUCCCUUGGCAUUGACAGAGGUCAUUGCUGUCAUCUAGAACCUGGCUGCAGAUUAUUAACCUUCUAACUCCCAAGACUGGAUUGUCAAUGCUCCCCAUUGACAAGUUUGAGUACUCUCACAACCUUUAUGCUGAAUAACAUAUAGAUACUAUAAGGAAAAGUUAAUGUUGAGUUAAAGGUUUAGGAAUUUACACAGAAUAUCUUGAGCAACUGUAACUUGAAACAUCUUUGCAAGUUGUCAAUCGAUCAAUAGGCUUUAUUUUAAGAGGAGAACAUGUGACAGUAGUGAAACUGAUUACCUUGUGGCUCCCUAUAAAAGAUAAUUUGACUCCAAACCUCUGCACUCUCUCUGCACUCAAUUAUUACAAUUACAUAACAACAUAUUAAAUAAUGUGGUGAUUCUAUAUAGAGAUGGAGAAGGAGUCUUGCAUUGUAUUGCAUUUGUAUCUUGGUGUAGUAACCUCCAACAUGUUUGAUUACAGAUCGUUCAGCCAGACUAUGGGAUGCAGAAACAGGGCAGUGUCUACUCAAAUACUUGGGCCAUAAUGGAUCAGGUACACACAUGCAUAGAGUUAAAUUGAUUUUGCAUGCUAAGUACACUGCCAUGCAAACUAGGGGUGUUAAUUUUCAUAGCUGCACUGAAUGGAACUGCAGACUUUGAAUUCAUUCUUUUAUUUAUUUGUAAUUGUUACUGUAAGGGGAUUUUAAGUUUGGUUGAAGGUCUCUUAUUUGACUUAAACCCUUAAGUCCAAGAAGUGACUAAGAUGUAAUUUCUCCCUACAAUAUUCAUACUAUUACAAGCAGAAAAGUGAUGAGAAUGAAGAAAAAUAUCAAUUAGGAGAUUAUUUGUUGAUAAAAAACCAAAUUCUCGGAAGUGACAUCACAAGAACUGUAUGGCAGAUAGUAAGGAGAAUUACAAAUUAGAUCUUGGGAGUGAUUUUCAAAUCAGUAAUGAUAGUCUUUUGUCAAUUUUAUUUUGCAGUGAAUUCCAUAAGAUUUCAUCCAACUGAUGCAAUAAUUUGUACAGGUAAUUUACAAAUAAAGAUCACAAUUUCUUUUUAAAAAAUUCAAGAUAAUCCUGAAUUUUCUACAGUCUGUACUCUUAAUGGUUGUAAAAAAAUUACUGUCAAAAAUGGUCAAAACAAGGUUAAAAUUGUUUUCAUGGACGAUGUCCAUGAUCUGAGUACCGUAUUUACCCGUGUAUAAGUUGACCUUUUACUGCCUAAAAAUUGGUCCAAAAAAUCACCCUUGACUUAUACAUGGGUCAAAAUCUGAGCUCGGUUACCAAGUUCCCACGCAGCAAGGCACUUUGUUUAUCGAGGCGUUUCAGAGUUUCUUGAGCUUCUUUGGCAUUAAGCCUGUCUUCUAAACCUGCUUUGCAACUCUGCACAACGAUAAAGGUUCAUUAGAAAGUAGUAUGUUUGAUUUUGUAAGCUAAUUUAAAAAAUUGUGAAGAAAAUGCUGCUUACACGUGUUGCUAAAACAUGCUAAAACACUUGCGUACACACAGUAAUAAACUUCACGUCCAAACUUGCUGUGAUUUUUUUCAUAUAACCAUAGUACCUGAAAGAAAAUUCUAAGAAAUACAAGAUUAGUUUUUCAAGGAAAUUCUUGCCCAGAAAUAAGAAAAACUUAUUUUUGGGCUCCAAAAUGGGGGGUCAACUUAUACACGGGUUCAACUUAUACACGGGUAAAUACGGUAAUUUCCAAAGUGCCUACUAACCAGUGUGGGGUAAUUUGAUUUCUGUUGUUGCUUAUUGUCAAUGGUUUUCAGUCACUGGGCAGAUAUGAGUUUUUUUAUAGUGCAAAUAGUUGGGCAUACUUGUAAUUUUUUGGUCACAGCUGAUUGGCUUACAAAGUUUGUCUUAAGUUCUUACCUAUCAUGUGCCUUUGAUUCAAUUUUGUGAGCACUGGUAAUUUCUUUUCAGGAUCAGGAGAUGGUACUUGUCAUAUAUGGAGGGCAUUAGAUUCAACUCCAGAACAGGUGAGGCAGCUGAGUCAGGUUGUUCAAAGCUGGGUUAAGAUAACCCAGGAUUAGUGUGAAAUUCAAUUUCAGAUCUUAAAGCUUUAAAAAAACCUUUGGUAUAAAUUUUUUGUCUACAAUUUGAUAAUUAGAUGCUCUAUAAAGAAGAAAGAAAAUCAUCCUGAAAAGGCUUUUGAAGAAAGGAAUAAGGAAACCUGGAUUAAAAUUUGACUUGGGGCUGGUGCUAAAAUUAAAAUUUUAACCUUGGAUUGGCCUUCAUGCAACUGGGUCCUGAUUUUAAGGAAAUUUUCAUCCUUCCCUUGAGGUAUUGUUUUGAGAACAUUUUAAGAGAAUGGGUUGCUAAUUAACUGGAUGUCAUAAAAUAUGUCACUGGUAAAAGUGCUACAUUUUAAUCAUCUUCUGAGAAAUAUUGCCUUGAUGGAAACUUCUCCUAGAAUAACUGAAUUCUGAAAGCUUCUGGUGGCUUUAGUUAAAUUUGAACAUUGUUGGAGGAUUCAUUUAAUUUUUCUGAGGGGGCUCUUGCCAUUUACUCCUUUUUUUGGUUUCUUUCAGCGCUCCCAUCCAGGAUCAGCAGAUGAAGCAGACAACAUAACAGACGAGGAAAUUGAUGGUAUGUGACUGUAUAAUCAAUUAUACCUUUAAGCUGCAGACUGGUAUGAGAUGGAAUGAUAUACAUUAAUGAAUAUGUGUAAAGAAUUAUUCCCCUUAAUUGUUUCAAGAGACCCUUGGUUACUUCAUCUCAAGUAGCCCUUCAUUAUACCAAUUAACAUUUUUACUCCUUAAACUAUGUUUCCCUGUUACUUAGUUAUAUGUAUUUUUUCAGUUAAAAACUAUUUGGCCAGUUUUUCUACUGUUUCUGUUUAAAAUUAUAUUCUUUUCAUCUGUUAAAUAGUAUUUGAUAACCAUUGAUUGUAUUUUCUUUUUUAGGAUUUGACAAUGUAGAUGCAGGAAUAGCUGCUUUUGUUUUGAAAUCUCCUCUAUGUGAAUUGAAGGGACAUGAUGGUACAUUGCUUUCCUUACAUUUCUUUUUUUUGUUACUUUUUCCAUUUUCCUUUUAUUAAAUUUUUCCUUUUUUCUCUUACUCCAACCCUAUUUUUUCCACAAAGGUGCAGUGAUUGCUGCUGAUUGGUUCACUUCAGGAAAGCAGGUGGUCACUGCUUCGUGGGAUCGCAGUGCUAAACUGUGGGAUGUGGAGACUGCUGAACAAGUUCACCAGUUGACUGGUAACUCUGUGAUUGAAGUGUUUUUGUGUUUGAAUUGAUUUAACUUUAUCACUCCAAAGAUCUCAUUGGUAAUUCUCCUUACUGUCUGCCAUACAAUUCUUAUGAUGUAAGUUUGGAGAAUUUGGUAUUGAAUCAACUAACAAUCCCUUAGUUGAUAUUUCUCUUUAUUCUCAUCACUUGUCAACUUGAUAUUGAAUGGAUUUUGAAAGGAGAAAUUAUGUCUUGGUCACUCAUGGGAGGUAAAGGGUUAAAUAGAAUGUUCCACCAAGAGUAUUACCUGCUAUUUGCAGGUUGGGCAACUGUAACUUAACCCUUUAAACAUUAAGAGUGACUAGCAUCAAAUUUCUCCCUUCAAUAUCACCCCUGAAUCACACGUUUAGGUCAUGAGAAUAAAGGAAAUGAUCACUAAGGAAAGAAGCUUUUGAUUGGUAAACAAAUUCUCCUUGUCAGCACCUUAGGAAAUGUAUAAAGAACAGUAUGGAGAAUAUGUAUACUGAUUUUAGUGUGUAAAGGGAUAAAAAGUUAAGUAUAGAUCACUGUUGUUGAUACUGGUUAAUAAAGAGAAAGCCAAGCUGGUGUUAAAACCUGGAGGAUAAUUUCUCUUCAGCUUAAAAAUAACUUUACUUUAUAUUUGUAUUAAUUUUGCUUACUAGCCUUAAAUCUAAUACUUUGAAUGCAAUCCAAGGAAUAAAGUAUUUACAGGAUCAUUUCACAUUUCAUCCAUCAGGUCAUGAUCAAGAACUAACACAUACCUGUACCCACCCCACUCAGCAGCUGAUUGUGACCUCGUCUACGGACACAACAUUCCGUUUGUGGGACUUUCGGACACCUUCCAUUCAUUCAGUCAAUGUGUUCCAGGGACACUCUGAGUAAGACAAAAAUCAAUUGCUUGGAAAUUUUUAAGAAAACCUGACAUAUUUCAGCUGCGUGGGAAGUGAAUGAUGUUGUAAGGGUAGUGGUGUAAACUGAUUCUAUGAAUUAUUAACGGGAGAAGUCUCGUAACCGUUCUGUUAUUACUCUGGCAGCUAAGUGAAGGAAAAAUGUUCUGUCUAUUUAAUUUGCCCCAUCAAAAAUUCAUUUGCAAGUGUUGUUGUUUGUUCACAGCACGGUCAGAUCAACUGCUUUCACGACAAAGGAUAUCGUUGUAAGUGGCAGUGACGAUAGAACCGUUAAGGUCAGUGUUCCUUUCUGUGUUGUUUGUUUGGGGACGGGUGUUGUGAUUCCAGAUAUAGGGGUUAAGAAUUGUGCAAAAAGGGCCUGGGAGACACUGAGCGGGGAUCUGGGGAAACUGAAAAUAGGGGUAUGAAAAAGGUAUGUUGAAAGGGAAUGGGAACUAGGGAUAUAGGAAACUGAAGCAGGAUGGACUAGCAACUAGGGCACGAGGAAAGAUGAAUUGGGGAACAGGACGUAGGAGGUUAUGGCUCAGGAGAUAAGAAUGGGAAAACCGAACAGUUGGGGUUGGGAAUUAUGAUGUAGCGUUAUCAGGGUAAAAGGUGUUGAGGCCAGUGUCGAGUGGUACUAUUGGAAGGUUGAGGUCUGGAUGUGACCGAACGGGGAUCAAGCCCAGGUUGGGGAGGAUUGAGUAUUCCGCUUUGCAGAGAGGAGGGAGUUUUUUUUUAAUAUAGAGCAAUGGAAUUCGAAAUUAAGGGGUCAGAGUGAAAGAUAGGCACUGGUUCUGUCAUGAUUGGUAGAUUGAAUAAAGGAAGUCUACAUAAGGCGAGCAGGCAGUUUUAAAGAAAUCUGCUCACGCUGUUUUCGCUGCGCCUUCUGGAGACUCAGUCUGGAAACAUUUUCUCUUAGGUCUGGGAUCUGAAGAACAUGCGCUCUCCUUUGACAACAAUCAGCACAGAUUCGUCUAUUAACAGGUAAUUGAAUCAAAGCACAUGUAAUGGAGACAAAACUGGGGCUAAGGCACUCGAUCAGCAGUUUUUCCUUUGUACUCAGGCUCUUUUUUCAAGUGGCUUGUCUCAAUCUGAAAAAUCCUCAACUUCAAAGUUAAAAUAACCUCACAGUACCUUCCAAGAAUGCAUUCUGUUCUAAUUAUUUCAAUAAAUGUUUAAAUUGUUUCCACAGACUCUCCGUAUCACCAGUAAAUAACGUGAUCGCCCUUCCUCACGACAAUCGGCAUAUUCGCCUGUUUGACAUCAGUGGAGUGCGACUCGCGCGACUGCCUCGUAGGAAUGGUCAGGUAAGUGUAUGUCUGUAUCUUGAACUCUGGUUGGACUCUAUGCAACAGUUUGAUAGAGCAAUUUUCAUUUCAAUGUCGCUGGUAACCUGGGAUUGCAUUGGUCUUUAGAGUACCGCGCCAUUUGAUUGGUCUAGAAAACUCACGCCACCUAUUUGACCAAUCAAAUGCAAAUCAAAACAAGUCGCGACUUUUGUACUCAAGCCUUCUUGCUCUUUUGGCAUCAAGUUCUAAUUGGCUUCCUGGAAAAUUUUCGUUUGUCCUGAUUCGCUGUUAUGAUUUCUUUUGUGAUGCUCGUCGUAAGUUUUCCCUUCAGCAGCACCAACUGCAUGGUUUUCUUUGAGUUCUGAUUGGCUACAUAAGUUGCUAUCAUAACUGUGAUUGGUUAGACUUGGUGUCCCUAGUAUUAGUUCUCCCAAAUUUUCCCGGAAACCACUCACUGAAUUAUUCUGUUCGAAUUUUAGGGUCAUCAACGAAUGGUUUGCUGUACUUCUUGGGGAGAGGAAACCAGCGCCAAGGCUUGCAAUUUGUUUUCAUGUGGUUUCGACAGAAGAGUGCUUGGAUGGCAAGUCAGAGAAGAGAAGGAUAAGUGAUUGGGAAGAGGUUGCGGGCGUGAAGCUGUCACGCAAUGAUUUACGCCAUUGCUCGUCACGCAACGUUCUUCAGAAGAAGGAAGAGUCACGUGCAAGUUGGAGGAGUGCUGCAUGUUAAUUUACAUUUUAAGGAAUAUUUUACACUUGAGCAAAUGUUGCGUAAAGCAAAGAAGAAUGGAAUUUUAAAUGUACGGGUCUAAUAUAAUUUAUUUAUAAUGGCACCAACGAAAAUGUAAGUGUAAGAGUGUGGUUUUCACUUGGAUUUAUGAGGCCGAGUUGUUUGUACGACAAAUUUGUCUGAAAUAAAUAAGAAUUAAAUCAUCA